AAGCUGGAGGAAGCAAAGGAAAAACUCCACUAAAAAGCCCAGCUUUCCUCCAUGUUAGAUAUGAAGUGGAAAAUGGGAAAGACUUAGCAGAAUUCCACCGUGUCUCCAGCCAGGCUGGAAGAAGGAGAGGCAGAGUGAACCAGGCUGCUCAAAUUUCUAGACUGCCAGGAAGUCCCUGGAAAUCUGUGAAAAUGAGGGUUUCUUAACUCAAACUGACAGGGAAAAGGGAGAGACCCUUUAAAUAACCCCACCAAGUGUGUGUUACCUUUCUUUACCAGUAUGGUAAGCGAGGCAUAUGCCAGCUACCUCGGUCAUGUCUGUGUGAUCCAGGGUACCCAGAAUUAGAGUAAACUCAAGCCCGGCACUCGCGACCCACCGUUUCAUGGGCUUUGGAAGAAACGGGAGAAGCAAUAGCAGCGGCGGGAGUCGCGGCAGCUGGAGCGGCAAGAAUGAACUGCAAAGAGGGAAAUGACAGCAGCUGCGGCUGCAGUGGCAACGACGAGAAGAAGAUGUUGAAGUGUGUGGUGGUGGGUGACGGUGCCGUGGGGAAAACCUGCUUGCUGAUGAGCUACGCCAAUGAUGCGUUCCCAGAGGAAUAUGUGCCCACCGUGUUUGACCACUAUGCAGUUACUGUGACAGUGGGAGGCAAGCAACACUUGCUCGGACUGUAUGACACCGCUGGACAGGAGGACUACAACCAGCUGAGGCCACUCUCCUAUCCCAACACGGAUGUGUUUCUGAUCUGUUUCUCUGUUGUAAAUCCGGCCUCUUACCACAAUGUCCAGGAGGAAUGGGUACCGGAGCUGAAGGAUUGUAUGCCUCACGUGCCUUACGUCCUCAUAGGGACCCAGAUUGAUCUUCGCGAUGACCCCAAAACCUUGGCCCGGUUGCUGUAUAUGAAAGAGAAACCUCUCACUUACGAGCAUGGUGUGAAGCUUGCAAAAGCGAUCGGUGCACAGUGCUACUUGGAAUGCUCAGCCCUGACUCAGAAAGGUCUCAAAGCGGUUUUUGAUGAAGCAAUCCUCACCAUUUUCCACCCCAAGAAAAAGAAGAAACACUGCUCUGAGUGCCCCAGCUGCUGUUCAAUUAUCUGAGGUUGCCUGAGACCCACCUCCAUCCCAUCUAGGGGUGAGAAUGACAGCCCAUUUCUGGGUCCAAGCUCAAGCCAAAAACGGGGGCCUGACCAGAAAGGAGUUCACUUCAUGCCCAGGCUUGCUCCUCCACCCUGCGAGUCCUCCCAAUCACAGCCUCCCACUCAGCCAAUUGCCACGUCUUCCCUACCAGCCAGAAGCAGCCACGUUGCACACUUUAUGAGAAUGCUGAGCCGGAUUUCUCUAUCGGAAACAGAGUCAAAGGCCUUCUUGCAUUUUACAUCGCCUCCUCCUAUGAGCGUGAAGCUGGUAGGAAACCAUCGCAGGGAAACCGAAAGAGGAACUCAGGUUCCGUAUUGGUGCCUUAUUUGAUGCCUCUUAUAAAACAUGGGAAUACAAUGGUAACCUUUUUUUCUGAAUCUGCUAUUCUACCCAUGUCUUACACUCAUUUGUAUUAUUUCAAGAAAUUUGCUAAUUUCUAGUUUACUCAGGCCUUAUAAAUCCACACCAAAUUAGCCUAAAGACAAGAUGUUUUCUAUUCAUUUCUAUAUUCAGUAUAUUUCUACCAAAGCUAUUAGAACCAACAUGUACCUCUGACUGCCUGACUACAAGAAGAAACAAGAAAGCUUUCAACCUUGUGGAAAUAACCAUGAUGUUUGAACCUGAUUGAAAGAGAAUACCAGCUGAAUUGUUGCAGGUUCACAUUUCUGCCAAAAGUCACCCUAGAAAUGCUUAAAUUGGGUGGCCUGAUUUUUGCCAUAUUAUAUCGCCAUGAUAAACUAGAAAUGAACUGUC